AUGGAUAAAGACGAGCCAUUUAUCCUAGAUGAGGUGGAUUACAAGACGCCGAAGCAGAGCCCUCAAAGCAACCAGACGUGGCCGAUGGAUAGGAUCCAGCAGGGCCGGUUUCAGCUAAAAAUGUCAUCACUUUUGAGUCCGGUGGCUCCUAAAAGGAAUUAUAGCAUUAGCAAUGCAAAGUCUCUCUUGUUGCAAUGCUUACAGGACUCGAAAUCAGAUCCACUCCCUCGUAGGCGCUUUCGUGCCUUAUGCUCGGAUGAAGGAGUCUUGAUGGAUGGAGUUCUGGUCAAAUCAGCCACUGGAAAGAAGGUAUCAGAUUCUCCUUCAUGCUCUCUUGGACGAUCUGCUCGUUCUUCAGUUGUCCGGAGUCAACACAAGAGUACAGAGUUUAGCAGCCCUAGAAGCGAAAACAAGGAAAACACUCGGCCUCAGCAUUCUUCAGGUGGAAAAGUAAAGAUUUUGGCAAAUAGUCCUUCUACAAAACCAGAGACACCAAAGGCUGCUAAACCAUCAAAGCUGCAAGCUACUGCUGAACCAUUCAUCCUCACACCAAAAUCUUCACAAAUGCUAGCUUCUCCUGUUCCACUCCAGCAUCAUGGUCCACACUUGCAAUACGGUGGUCCGCUCCCGCUUACGCCUCCAAGCUAUGGUCAUCCAUACCUGCCUCCUGGCUACGCCUAUCCGAGACCAUUACAUGGACCACCUGUUCCCUACUUACAAUCACCAGCAUCUCCCCAUGGGCCUGGCCUCUAUCAGACACAUUACCUAGGCAGGUUUCCAAGACCCACUGGCUACCAAUUGGCCCAUGACUUGAACCAAUCAGCUUCCUCUAGCCAGACCAACACAAACACCAGCGAGCCACCUGUCCACACUCCCAUUUGUACUAACCCUACUACAGCCAAUCUCUGCACCAGUACUACCACUCGUGGCUCAAGACUAAACUCGCCACUUUCUGUUGAUGGACACCACACAGUGACCCAAAACUCUUCACCUUCUGAUGGACUUGAAAAAAGGGCGAAAAAACCAGACCUGUCUUCAACUUCUGAUGGGCUUGAAACAAUGGCACAGAAACCAGACUUGACACCUUUUGCAGGACUUGGAACUAUGGGGACAGAGAAAGAGUGGUCACCUUCUGAUGAUGGACUCCCAACAUUCACACAAGCUCAAAUUGAUUUUAUGGAAUCACAUAACAGAGUCCUCCCAGAUGAUGUUUUCGAGCAUUACACAUAUAGACAGAGCCUUCCAGUUUUCAUUCAGCUUUGCUUGGAUGGCAAUCUUCUUCCUCAAACUAGAGCACCAGUAAGAAAAGAAACACCAAGGUAA